AUGCACAUUCUUAUUUCUGCUUCCCAAGGACAUCACAGAAACUUUCUCUCUAUGCCUCUGUUACAAGAUACGAACAAGCUAGGCUGUCUCCAAAGGGCCUUAUUUUCCCUAUUUUGCAUAACCUACGCAGCAAUUAAAUUGAUCUGCACCAAAGUAGUAAAAACAAGAAGCAAAUCCAGUGAUGGAAAAGUGACUAAUGUAACUCCUGUUUCGUUGCUAGAGGUUAAGGUUACACUUCCAACUAAGUUAAUCUUUGAAGAUCAAGCCAUAACCAAGAAGUAUGAUCCAUCAGAACUAGCUCAACUUCCAAAAACUAUGCUAGGUGAAGGCACUGUAGGCUCUUUGUUCAAGGUCAUUCUUAACUGUGGAUCCAUUGUCACAAUUCGAAUGAUCCGAGAAGGUUUCGUCAAGCCAAAUGAUCUUGAAUCAUGGAUUAACUUCUUCGGAGGAAUUCGUGACGGUUGGCUCUUGCCACUUCAAUUUAGUUUCUGGUAUGGUGGAGAAGCUUUUAUUGUUUAUGAAUAUUUGUGUUUGGGAAGUCUAGAGGAGCUCUUACAUGGAACCGAAGGAAUUCAAUUUACAGCUUUAAGUUGGGAAGUCAGGAAGCAUAUAGCACUAUGUGCAGCAAUGGCAAUAGCCUACCUUCACAACCAAGUUACCAAAACUGGCAACAAUGUUGUCUGUGGAGUAGUUAAGGCAAGCAAUAUCUUGAUUCGGACCGAUUGCUCUGCGUGCCUCUCCGGCUAUGAAACACCUUACCUUGUUCCUCCAGCGACAAUCAUCAGAAGAAAUCCUGGCAGAGUUGCACCAGAACUAAGAUCAAGUAAUCAAAAUUAUCCGAAAAUGUUUACCUCAAAAUCAGAUGUUUACAGCUUUGGAAUUCUGUUAUUAGAGCUCAUUACUGGGAAGAGGCCUACUGUGACCAACUUGGCAGAAUAUCUUAUAGAAAAGAUCAAAAAGAAAGAAGGAUUGAGAAGCAUAUGUGACUCAAAAAUGGAAGAAGCGAAGGAGAGUAUGAAAGAAAUGAUCGGAAUUGCUCAGAAUUGUCUCUCAUAUGAUCCAAAAGACAGGCCUUCCAUGGACAGAGUGGUGCAGAUGCUUCAACAAUUGAAGGAGUAG